UUGGGAGUGUGAACAGCUCAAUGUAAACAGGCUGUCAGAAAAGAAAGUGCAGGGACAUUGUCACCCUGCAGAGGCCGGGAAGAGAAUCACAUAGUAUUUGCAGAGCAACGCUCACCAGGGCAGAGAGCGGGAGAGAAGAGAGGGGGAGGGCAAUGACCAGGCAGAGUCCACGACAGUGAGAGUGAGAAAGAGAGAGCGAAAGCAAGAGAGAAAGAGAGAGAGAGAGAGAGAGAGAGAGAAAGGCUUAAUUAAUUCAGGCUGGAUGGGAGGGAGGGAUGUUGCUGCCUCUACCAUGGCUCCAGUGCCUGUGCUGUGCCUCUCUGUGUAGCUGGAUCGGUACUGUGUUGCUGUAGCUGCUGUGAGAGGCUGCUCACUGCUCUGCCCACGGGGAAAGCGAGACCCAUGCCCCGGCCGGCUUGGAAAGGACUCCCUAUCAACCCAUACUGAAGAAAGCAUCACACACAGGGAUGGGCAGAGCUUGUGUCUGUGUAAUCAGAGAGAGAGAGGCCAAGAGACCUGCAUCUGGCUGGACCGCCAUAUCACGUACUGAUCCACCAUCUCUGAUGUCUGUUUCUGCCACCACCUGCACUCACUGGGAAGGAUCUGGGAUGAAGCCAUGACAGAUAUUAACCUCCUCAGCUCCACACAGGGAUAACCACACUAGAACCUCAUUCCACCUCAGAGGCACAUCCACCACCAUCCUCCCUCACGUCCCUCCCAGCUGGCACCAUGAUGGGAGACGGAGUCGGGAGCUGGGAGUGUCUGAGUCCGUCUGAGUUCGGUCAGCUGCAGCAGUAUAGCGAGUAUUCCACCAAGAAGCUGAAGGAUGUUCUGGGGGAGUUUCACGGUGAAGGAGUCCUCUCCAAGUACAAUCCUGAGCAGCCCAUAGACUACCAGGGUUUCCAGCUUUUCAUGGCCACCUACCUGGAGAACGACAUCCCUGAGGAGCUGUGUCAGCACCUAUUCACCUCCUUCAAGAGCAAGACAGGGGGCUGCUCUCCUGAGAUGCCCCGAGCAGGAGUAGGACUCCUGGAGCCACGUUCCAUUGAUGCAGGCAUCUCUAUACAGACUGAAGUGGCCUGUGCCCCCAUAACAGGAAUGAAUGGAAAGAGCAUCCUGACAGCCAUGGGUCGACCCACGCCGGAACCUUCCACUAUGAUGGCCUCAUGUUCAGGUGCCAUAUCCAUCUCUCCCUGCUCCUCCCGUUCCUCCUCACAGUGCUCUGGGAUGGGGCCCCACGCGCCCGGGGGGUCCUACCGCUCACCUGCCUGCACCCAGGUCAAACCCUCCACAUGCAGCAGUAGUAACACCCUGACCCCCACCCCAGCCAAGUCCCCAGCCUCCCCUCGCCUCUCCCCAGAGAGAAUCAGAGGGGAGAAGAGAAGGAGCCCGUCCCCAUUACCUUCCCCCCAGGUGGUGUUUCUGAAGGACAUUGUGUGUUACCUGUCCCUACUGGAGAGGGGCACACCAGAGGACAAGCUGGAGUUCAUGUUCCGGCUGUACGACACAGAUGGCAACGGAGUACUGGACAGCUCGGAACUGGACCGCAUCAUCAAUCAGAUGGUCCACGUGGCGGAGUACCUGGAAUGGGACUCGGCAGAGCUGCGACCGAUCCUGAAGGAGAUGAUGGAAGAGAUAGACUAUGACCGGGAUGGAACAGUCACCCUGGAGGAGUGGAUCAGAGGAGGCCUCACCACCAUCCCUCUGCUGGUCCUGCUGGGCAUGGAGACGAAUGUUCAGGAAGAUGGUCAGCAUGUGUGGAAACUGAAGCACUUCAACAAGCCAGCCUACUGUAACUACUGCCACACCAUGCUGCUGGGAGUUCGCAAGCAGGGCCUCUGCUGCUCCAUAUGCAAGUACACAGUCCAUGAACGCUGUGUGUCCAAAGACAUUGCUGCCUGCAUCAGCACCUACGCCAAGUCCCGCAGACACACCAAUGUCAUGCAGCAUGUCUGGAUAGAGGGAAACUCUCCCACUAAGUGUGACCGCUGUCACAGAAGUAUCAAGUGCUACCAGGGCUUAACGGGCCUACACUGUGUGUGGUGUCAGAUCACUCUCCACAAUAAGUGUGCGUCCAACAUGAAGCCGGAGUGUGAUGGAGGAGCCCUUAGAGACCACACUCUACUCCCCUCCUACAUCUGCCCUGUCGUCCUGGACCGUCAUUCUGUUGUGAAGCGGAGUGAAGGGGACUCCCCGCCCAGCAGCAGCCCUGACAACAUAAGUCAGAGCUUGAAAUUCACAGGAGACGGACAAGCACUGCAGAUCACUCCUCUCCCGGGUACACAUCCCCUCCUGGUCCUGGUCAACCCAAAGAGUGGAGGGAGACAGGGGGAGCGGGUAUUGAGAAAGUUCCAGUACCUGCUGAACCCCAGGCAGGUGUACAGUCUCGACCGAGGGGGACCCAUGGUGGGGCUCAACUUCUUCCAUGAUGUCCCUAAUUUCCAGGUGCUGGCAUGUGGAGGGGACGGCACAGUGGGAUGGAUCUUAGACUGUAUUGACAAGGCCAACUUUGCAAAAGAUCCCCCUGUGGCUAUCCUCCCUCUGGGCACAGGGAACGACCUGGCAAGAUGUCUACGCUGGGGCGGAGGUUAUGAGGGAGGCAGCCUGCUGAAGUUCCUGCGGGACAUAGAACACAGCACAGAUAUGAUGCUGGACCGAUGGAACAUCGACAUUAUCCCUGUAGACAAGGAGGAGAAGGGAGACCCAGUCCCCAACAGCAUCGUCAACAACUACUUCUCCAUCGGAGUGGACGCCUCCAUCGCUCACCGCUUCCACUUGAUGAGAGAGAAGCACCCAGAGAAAUUCAACAGCAGAAUGAAGAACAAGUUGUGGUACUUUGAGUUUGGCACCACUGAGACCAUCUCUGCCACGUGCAAGAAACUCAAUGAGUGUAUCGAAGUCGAGUGUGACGGUAUCAUCCUGGACCUCAGCAGCACGUCAUUGGAAGGCAUCGCCGUCCUCAACAUACCCAGCAUGCACGGCGGCUCCAACCUGUGGGGAGAGACCAAGAAAAGGCGGAACUACAACCGCAUGAGCAGGAAGGUUCCGGAUAGGAUGCCCACCAGUACCAUCAUCGAUAUAAAGGAGCUCAAGUUCUGUGUUCAGGACCUGAGUGACCAGUUGCUAGAGGUGGUGGGUCUGGAGGGCGCCAUGGAGAUGGGGAAGAUCUACUCAGGCCUGAAGAGUGCAGGUCGCAGACUGGCCCAAUGUGCUAACGUUACCAUCAGGACGUCCAGGCUGCUGCCCAUGCAGAUCGAUGGGGAACCUUGGAUGCAGCCCCCAUGUACGAUCAAGAUCACACAUAAAAACCAGGUUCCCAUGCUACUGGGGCCUCCUCAGAAGACCCCCUUCUUCUUCUUCAAGAGACGCAGCAGGAGUCGGGACUGAGUGAGGAGGACACUUCAAACUCCCCCAUCUUCACACAAACACAACCCCUCGGCCCCUCCAACACCAACUGAUGACUGGACUGGUGAACUGUUCCCCAUGGAGGAACUGGACCUUGGGAGAGGAGAGGAGGAGAGGAGGUGUGGAGGGGAUCAUUUGGAGAAGGAGAGGAUAUUCUUAAAAAAGGAAACAACUCAAUAGACAUUGCCCCUUGGACCUAUGGCACCACUUCAGAAUGAACCAACUUUUUCUCAGUGUAAUGACCACUUCCUGUGUGUCCAUGUUCUAGCUUCUAGAACUUCCUGUUGACUUUGAACUCUGACCCUGCCACCGGCCCACUAGCUCAGUUAACCCAGGCUCCAGACCCAGCUUCAGCCCAAACCCACCAGUACUGACACACUGCCUUGGCAAAACACAGUCCCAUCCAACAUAUAGGUUAAUUUAGGGAUACUCCCAUGAUCCUGGAGGGAUAAAGAAACACAUAAAGAGAGAGAGAGAAACAGAAGUGGGAUAGAAGGAGAGACAGACAGGAAGAAAAGAAAAGAGUAGAAGAGAAGGAGUGAGGGAUGGAAUGAUCAAUACAGCAGAUGAACGUAAGGUGUGUGUGUGUGUGUGUGUGUGUGUGUGUGUGUGUGUGUGUGUGUGUGUGUGUGUGUGUGUGUGUGUGUGUGUGUGUGUGUGUGUGUGUGUGUGUGUGUGUGUGUGUGUAAGUGCUCUCCUCUCUUUGAGGAACCCGUUGAAUAAUGAAUCAGAGCUUGUAGAGUAUUCACUCCAGUGUCUCCAGAACACUGCACACUGCCUGAGACAUGAAACAGAAAGAGGGCCUCUAUAAUUGACUGCUUUGUUUAUGCUUGACGGUGACAACAGGGCAGAAUCCACAGCAACAGUGGCCUGGGAAGCAUGGGAAACUCAAACUAACAUGUAGGGAUUUUUCCCCCCCCAUCAUCUUGGCCCACAACAAGCAUAUUUAGACUAGAUUUUGAAGAAUAUCAAUGGCGUCAGGCCUUGGGGGAAAGGGAAGUCGAAGUGUUUUUAUCUCACCAUCUUCACUAAGUUACUCAGGGCCAUUGUUCUGUCCAGACGGAUUCGUGGAACAGAACUCAGUGUAGAGGGGAGACAGGGUAGAGGGGACCUGACUUCCCUAUUACUGUAGAGACAGAGAUCACUGAGAGCAGAGAUGAGCCCUGUGUCCCGAUCAGAAAAGCCCAGUAGGACAGCAUUAGGAACAGAGCCCAGUGUAGAGGGAGAGGAGACUGAAGGAGGUAUGUUAGGUCCUUACUGUAAUGUGUUAGGACAGCUAUAGAUUGAAUCAACAAGCCUCACCCAGCAACAGAUGUCCCAGAGGACACUUUUAGAGGGUUAGAGAUUGAAAUGGAUCCAGCUAGCUAGAGAUAGAAUAACAGCCUGACUGCCCCAGGCCUGAGGGGUCUGAUUUACCAUAGCUUGGACUGGACCUAAAUUUACCCUGCUAUUUCAGGAGGAUCUACACUGUGAAGCACUAUUCCUAAUUACGGUGUGAAAACAUCAGCUCGCUGUCCAAGAGUGAAAAACCCAGGGGCCUGACUGAAAAUGGUGGGUGUAAUUCCAUUCAUGUUUGUUGCUGGACCGUACCAUUCAGGCAACAGGAACAUAUGUUAUCAAUUCACUGAAAAUCACUCUUAACGUCAAACCGAAUGGCAAGAGCUGAACAGGCAAGACAACAGUGAGGCAGAGAUAGCGUGGCAGCUACUACGAUAUACCCUUAUAGUACUGUCCCAACAAUAGUAGCCAACUAUAUAUGUGCAGACACAGUAUUUGUAUAUUGUGGAAAUAGGUGUGGUGCACAUGAAUGUGUUUUUUAAUGAUAUAUUAUUAGUGUAGAGUUUGAGACUAUAGAAGAGCACAUAUAGAUCAGUGUUCUUUAGUAGGUCACUUCAAUGACUCAGUCUGGGGCUGAUACACAAAACAUCCCCUCUGGCACCAUAGCACCCUCGUACCCUAGGAUUUGUUUUAUUUUAUUUUUUAUUUAACCUUUAUUUAAACUAGGCAAGUCAGUUAAGAACAAAUUCUUAUUUACAAUGACGGCCUACCCCAGCCAAACACUGGACCAAUUGUGCACCGCCCUAUGUAGGAUGUAAGGGUUAGGGUGCAUGGCACAGGGGGGUGAGAGUGAAGAGAGCCAGCAUUCAACACUGAGUGUUUGUCCCAAAUGGCACCCUAUUCCCUAUUCAGUGCACUACUUUUGACCGGCGUAAACUGUCAUUGUAUGCGGGUGAACUUUGUUGUUUACCUCGAACCCUCACAGUACAGUCCCCACGGUUAUAGAUACAUGGGAUAUGAAUUCGGCAAGAUCUCUGGUUACAAGCCAAACCUGAACAAGUGAAUGACACAGUAUGUAGUGCAAUUUUGAUGGAAUUCCCUUUAAAAUGACCAAGGGCCACUUCACCUACCUUGGCAUAAAAAUGACCAUCAGCUACAUUGACUUGCUCAGGUUCAACUUCAAACCACUACUGGGACUUACCAAACAAUUUCACCAUUGUCCACUCUGCCAAUCUCCCUCGCAGGCCGCAUUCAUUGACCCUAUAGUGCUCUGGUCAAAAGUAGUGCUCUGAAUAGGGAAUAGGGUGCCAUUAGGACUGACCCUGAGCUCCGCUUACGGGGCGAAGCUUUGAUGUCUUCGGCCCUAGAUCCCUUUAAAACCACACUGAGCCGGGACUAUCACGUCCAGGACCCACUAAAACAGAGCCACAUGUCCAAUGACCAUGGAGUAGAAGUAAAACAGUCCCAAAUGGCACCCUAGUCCUUAUAUAGUGCACUACUUUGGACCAGAACCCUAUCAAAAGCAUUGCACUAUAUAGGAAUAGGGUGCCAUUUGAGACAAAGACUUUAUCUCUAUGGACCACAGGGUCUGUCUGACCCUGCAACACCUCUAACCAGUACGUACAGGCAACAUUUCAAUGACCACAUCACCUCUACUAUCAUAACAUAGAAUUGUCGGCCAAUGGUCAUUGGAUAUCUGGGCUCAUUUUAGUCUUUAUGGAGCCUGGAUUGAGGCGACUCAGUGAGACGUGUGCAUGUUUACAUAUCACUUUUCAUUUACGGGAAAUGAUUUUCAAUUUGAACUGUUAUAAUUAUGUGUAUAUAGAUAUAUGUUUAUAUAUUUUAUCUGAAGUUACACCACCGCAUGCCUGCUGAAACAAAGGAGACAAAGAAAUGUCUGUCUGCUUGAGGAGAGACCACGCUGAUUGUUGCAACCCCCUCCUUCAAGCUAUGACCUGUCCUGCUGUCGGGUCACAUUAGCUGUUCAACCCCCCCAACCUAUCCAUUGCUUAAAAACCCAUGACCUUGUGUGUUUAUUUGUUGUGUUUCCCCAUUGGUAGCUAGCAUAGCAUGUUGGUUAUUCUGUGCUAGAACAGGACAGUGUUGGUUUGUCUUAGGUCAAAAGGAGAGAGACUUCCCAGGAGACAUGUCCACUAUGGCUGCCAUUUUGUGACUCAUCGUCAGAAGAUGGAAGGGGGAUGAGGACCCGGAACUCAGAACUCUAACCUAUCAGCCUAUUAAUCCUCAAUGUUUGUGUCACUCAGUCACCACUCAUCUCCAAUCCGGUCAUCAGAAAAUGAUCAAUAGCCUUAACUAACAAACAAACACACACAAGGUGUCUCUAGUGCAUUUUCUGCCAGGACACAACAACGACGGGACACUGACGAAGAAGAAGUUAGUAAAAAAGAACAAUGAUAAUGAACUCUCUGUCUCUGUUGCAAUAACCCACUGCCAUCACUAACCAGCUGCCCGAUCCAUAACCAUCACCUAUUGGGAUGGGUCCCCUCCACCCACAUCUAAGAGGAUUUGGUUUAGCCCAGGUUGUCAACAACCACUGUUGAAUGUGGCCUCUGACCAUCAUAGAAACACCAGGGAGGAAUGGACUGAGGCCAUCCAUUAUCAUGUUGACAGACAGUGGUUGCAUCCUAAAUGGCAUCCUAUUCCCAAUUAAGUGCACUACUUUUGACCAGAGCACUUUGUGGGCCCUGGUCAAAAGUAGUGGACUAUAGGGAAUAGGGUGCCAUUUGAGUCGCCCUCCAUGUUGCAGCAGGGAUUUCUAUGUACUGCACCUCAGCCACUGUUAUAGCCAUAAGUGUG